UUUUUUUUUGUAUAAAUAUAUACAUCAUUAUGUUUAAUAAAAAGAAUAAGACCUUAUUUUUAUAUACAUUACUUUCACUAUUAGUAACAUUUAUGGGUGACUUUGUUACUGCUGCACCUAUUGGUGAUAUUGGUAGCAAUUCAGCCACGAUAACUUUUGCUGGACAUACUGUUACUGUGCACGGUAUUGUAUUUAGUGUUAUUUUAUUUGUUACUGGUGGCUAUUUAUGUUUCCUUGGAGGCGUAUUUCAAAACUUUACAAUGUUUAUAGUGGGAUUUUAUUGUGGUGCAAAUAUCGCUUAUAUCAUCUUAACAAAUGCUAAAGCAGAUUAUGGAAGUCAUACAGAUACGAUUUUACUCGUUGUUAGCAUAGUAGUCGGUGUUAUUGCAGGUGGAUUACUUUGCUGUUGCUUCUUUUUAGCAGUCUAUCUAUUAGGUGCAUUACUGGGCUAUAUGGCUGCUCUUUGGUUAUUAUCAUGGAAUACAAAUGGAUUAAUUCAGACUAAUUGGGGACGUGCAAUUUUAAUCAUUUGUUUUGUUAUUGCUGGUAUUGUCUUGAUGGCAUUCUUGGAACGUCCUGUAUUUAUUAUUGGUACUGCCUUUAUUGGUUCCUUUGCUAUCUUCUGUGGUAUUGAUGUUUAUGCAAAGACCGGCUUUUUGGAAUUGAUCGACCAGUUUUUACAUGCAAAGAAUUUAGAUCUUGUAGUGAAUGCUACAGGUGCACUUCGGGGUAUGCUUGGUGGUUGUUUAGGUCUUGCUAUUGUUGGCUCUCUUAUUCAAUGGUGCAUGAUCAGACGUGAUGGUUCUUCUUAUAGAGGCUGGAAUGAGAGACAUCCUCGUGGAUAUGGUUGGAGAAGACUUUAAUCUUAUAUCAUAAAACUUUACCUUUUUUCUUUUUCUUUUCUUUCUAUCAUGAUAUCAUAUCUUAUUAUUGUUAUUAAAUUUGUAUAUUAGUGUUAUCUAUUUUAUUAUUUAUUUAUCUUGAAAAGUUGUGUGAAGCGCAUGAUUAAACAAAGCCUGCACAACCUACAUCUGAUCUAAUGUAGUUAUAAAAGGAAUUAAGUUUAAUACUAGUUUUCGCCCAAACAAGUUUUUUUUUUUUCUUACUGUAUAGCCUCCAUUUAUAAUGAAUGCUACAGCACACACAAACAUCAUUUCUCUCCUCCUUACUGAUAGUGUCCUCAAUACAUUUCUAUUUACCCUUAAUGCUAAACAGAGCCCCUCUUUUUUAGUUUUAAGCUUUAGACCAAUUUUCACAUAAUUAACAUCUUGUAUCCAAU